UGGUUGUUCGCAUGUUGUUCGUAAUUUCGUAAACAAAUUGCAUAGAAUAAAAUUACAUCAGGAAUAUUAUUUAUUUACCAAACGGCAAUUCCUAAAACAGCGUGUCAUUGUAGAAUAUUUCGGGUAACCUUAUUGUGUUGUGAUAUCUAUUCUUAGCACCGGUGUAGGUAGGCCCUAUGUUUGUUUCUGGUCAAUAACAUAAUAAUAAUUGGCUCUAAAUAGUUUAAAUAAAUAUACUAUGACGGAAUUUAGAGACUGGUAUUAUGGAAUACCUCUCUUCACCCGUUACUGGUUAUCUUUAACUGUUGGACUCAGUAUAUUGGCCAAAUUUAAUCUUAUUGACUUCAAUUAUUUUAUUUUGGAUAUUGGCGCCAUCAUCAACAGAUUUCAUUUAUGGCGGCCUGCAACAGCUCUAUUCUACUAUCCCAUCACCCAAUCAACGGGGUUCCACUUCCUCGUGAACUGUUACUUCCUGUACAGUUAUUCCGAGCGUCUGGAGACCGGGAUCUUCGCUGGGAAGCCGGCUGACUACUUUACUAUGCUGAUCUUUAAUUGGCUUUUCUGCAUUGGCAUUGGAGUUCUGAUUGGAUUAAGUUACGUAAUGGAUCCGAUGGUGAUCUCGGUGGUGUACGUGUGGUGCCAGCUGAACAAGGACGUGACCGUGUCCUUCUGGUUCGGGACGCGGUUCCGCGCCGUGCUGCUGCCGUGGGUGCUGCUCGCGUUCAACAUUAUUGUCAAUGGAGGUGGCGUUGAAGAGUUCCUGGGCAUCCUGGUGGGCCACCUGGCUGUCUUCCUGAACUUCAAGUACCCGCAGGAGUUUGGCGGACCCGCCUUACUGACACCACCUGCUAUCCUAAAGAAAUAUUUCCCCGAGUUCCUUCGUCCGAACAACUUCGGUCCUGCACCCGGAACGAGAACCCCCGCCCCUGAAGGACACGAGUGGGGCCGCGGACAAGCCCUAGGCGGCCUCUGAAUCCAUCUUCGAUCUUCCCCUCCCUCCUAUUACUUGACAACCUUGUACCGUGAGGUCCGUGAGUCUGAAUACUAAUAUGACUAUAAUAGCUAAAGUUCGUUUUUUAGCAUUAGGAAGAAGGUAAGCGAUCUUGAUAGGUCUUUUAAUUUAAAAACGCUUUUUAAUAAUCUGUAACUAUUACUUUUGAAAGCAGAAGAAUAUAAAUGAUCGUAUUAGAUUCAUAAUUGUGACAUAUUUUCUGUGACUUAUUUAUAAAACGUGAUUUUUCAAUUAAAAGACACAUCAAGAUUGUUUACUUUUUUUUAAUGCUAAAUAACGAACGCGCUUUGUAGAUAACUACAAUCAAUAUUUGACAAUUUGUCAAACCAAAACGUAUGAUGCUUUAAAGAUGAACAAUAUGUGAUAUUCGGCUGUUAUGUCUUAACUAACUUUUGUUAGACACUUUAGACAGUGGAUCUUCAAGUACGAUGAACUACCUAUGUUUUUAACCCAUUGUGUGACGAAAAGUGUGUGUUGCCUAAAAGUUAACACUUAUGGCGACAAAUCGACAGUUAACUUCGUAGUUUGUUAUCGAGUCGCGCUAAUAGGCUAGCGGAUUUUCAGUGAUACUAAUGUAUUUUACUGGCAAGGAGCAUCUUUGACAAACACACGUUGAAUUAAGAAAGUCCACGAAUGUCACCGUUGUAAGCGAAAAGAAAGGAUUUCACAAUUAUAAACUAUUUAUCCCAAAAACGCCAAAAAGAUUGUCAACGAUGCGAGCAAUAGUUAUUUGUACAACAAGAGAUCAAAGUUUGAUAUUUCUUCGAGUGCUUAUUUUGAGUCCCGUGCAAGCGAAAGAUUCUAUAAUAGAUUCACGAGCGUAGCGAGUGAAUCUAAUUUAGAAUCUUGAGCGUAGUAAGGGAUUCAAAAGCGCACGAGAU